AUGGGACAAUCCUCUUCUACACAUCAGCGCCACGAUAGUCUUUCGAAUCUAUCAUCUUUCUACCGUCGUCAUCGUAACAGGGAUGAAGCCAUGAAUAACGAUCAAAGUUUAGAGCAAAACGGGGUGUUCCCACCUCAAUCAGGGGCGGAGUUCAAUACUGGCGACAACCAGGAUUUCCUAUCAAAUCAAACAAACUCGGAGUGGGAGACGUGGCGACCGGCGAACCCGUCGACCGAGGAGCAACCAACAGGAAUUGGACAUAUGGGAAGCAUUCAAGAAGAAAAUGGACCACAACAUGAACCAACCCAGCGGGAGUAUCGGUCUGCGAUAUUUGCCCGUAUGGCGGCGAGAAGACAAUCUACGAUGUCAAGGCUCGGGUCUAGGAUCUUACCAAAUUCGGUUAUUCGUGGUCUCCUCAGCAGCGAAGAAGAAACGCCUGCCGAGGGUCACGCUCAUCGGCACGGGAUCGUAUCGAGGUCUAUACCAAGGUCAGAAGUCGCUCAUAGCAGCAACCGCUUCAGUCCUUUUAGCUCGCUUAGCUCAAGGGGCAUCACUAGACGGCGCUCAGCUCGUGGGCCCUACUUCAUUCCGCGCAGUGAUCCUGGACUGAUCUCGGAUCCAUCCCACUCCCCUACUUUUUUCGACCCUGCUUCAGAACAUUCACCAGAGACAAGUCGAAGCUCUUGGCGUCGAAGUGCUCGACUACAUCGUGUUAGAAAUUCACUGUCAGGUCCGAUUACGCAGAUGUUCGGCCAACCAUCUUCAAACUUCUCUGAUCAAAAUAUUGAAGAUGUACGCCACUCGUCUAUGGGGCCAAUACAUGGAGAUAUUUCAGGUGCAUUUUCCCCGGAGUCCGGGACAAUGGCCAGCCGUAUGGACUUCGAUGAACCUCACGAGCUUGAUUCUGUGGAACCUGCCGUAGGAACCACCCGACCCACCUCCCCCAUGUCUUCGCAAUCUGCACAGAGUCCAUCUGGUUUGCGACACUUUCCGAAUCUCUUACGGGCACGUCCAUCCAGGGUUUUGCGACGUGAGGAACAGACACCGCUCUCGCGUGUUCUUCAAUUGGCAGCUGCUGCUAUUGCAGCCCAACUUUCCGGCACAACAGGCCCUGUGAUGCCUAACAUCCAAGCCCUCGGUAAUGAAGGCCUCGACAACUCGUUAGAGAACUUCAUACAAAGUUUACAACACGCAACAUCAGCCCAGACAACAGCCGAUGGCCAAACUCCACCUGCAGAUAAUGGAGCACCAACUCCGGUUAACUUCUUACGGGUGUUCCGGUUUGCAAAUUCAGAUAAUACUAGACCUUCAGGAACCUCGAAUCGAUCCGCAACAGCGUCGAACACUUCGGAGCCAGGUUCAGAUGGCAUGGAUGUGGAGAACACCUCGGAUGGACCUGAAGGGCGUACUGUUACUCUAGUAGUAGUAGGAGUCAGGUCAGUUCCAUCUGGCAACGGCCCCGGCAGUGAGCAGCAGAAUGCAGGCACUGGCUUGGAUACCCUUCUCCGUCUACCAUUCUUGUCGCCAGAAAACCUCCCACGCAAUUCCGACAACGGUCCUAAUCUUACAUCGCGUGCCGAAGGACGACCGAGAUUCCCACCUAGUCGGUAUCAAACUGGGGGCCCACUCACCAGUAAUGAAGAUGCUUCACUGCAACAGGGACACCAGAGUCCGUCACGGAGACUGUCCGAUACUGGGAGUCGUGGACCACUCUCAUCUCUUCCUUCUAUCAUCUCGGAAAGCCCUCCAGGCCCCCAUCCUCCGCCAUCGACGCCAGCUGACCCUGGGCUGUCAGCUGUGUCGUCAGGUGCUUCAACUCCGAGCCGAAGACCGUCUUCUGCAUCCGUCAUGUCCCCAAGCACUUUGCCACAACUGAAUGAGAGCCGGACUAUGCAGCCUACAGUUGAACCCACCGAUAGUGGCAUUCCAUUCACCACAUCUCGCCAGCGACGUCGUAGUGAUUCCGAGUAUGUCCGUAAUCGGGAUCUAGGCGCUGGUGCAGUAAGGCGGAACGGUGUUGUCGAGCCGGACAACGCCCCAUCCCCUGCAGGUAGAAGUUGGUUGAUCUAUGUCGUGGGCACAAACCUCUCCGAAAACCACCCUGCCUUUGCGACACCAAGCCUCUUUACUGAUAACCCAACUUACGAAGACAUGAUUCUACUAUCGUCUCUUCUUGGUCCAGCGAAGCCCCCAGUUGCCACUCAGGAGGACCUCACAUCAGCUGGUGGGGUGUAUCGCCUUGUGGAAUACGGUGGCUCCCUUGUUGCGGAAGGCUUGGAUGGCGCUGGCGCCAUUCAAAUUCCCGACGGAGAUCGAUGCUUGAUCUGUCUUAGCGACUACGAAGCCGCUGAAGAGCUUCGGCAACUGGCCAAGUGCAGCCAUGUGUUCCACCGAGAUUGCAUAGAUCAGGAUGUCUUCGCAAGCAUGGAUGCCCCGAUUCGACUCACUGUCCUCAUAUCGGGCAAUGGCUCAAAUCUCCAGGCAGUGAUCGACAGGACCAUCGCGGGGCAACUUCCGGUGAACAUCGUCCGAGUCCUAGCAAACCGCAAAGACGCCUUCGGGCUCGAACGUGCUCGACGUGCGAACAUUCCUACACAUUACCACAACCUCGUGAAAUAUAAGAAACAACACCCCGCGACGCCUGAGGGUAUUCAGGCGGCUCGGGAAGAAUAUGAUGCGGAGUUGGCGCGGUUGGUCCUGGCCGACAGUCCGGACCUGGUAGCUUGUUUGGGCUUCAUGCACGUGCUGUCCCCGAAGUUCUUAGAGCCAUUGGAGGCGGCUAAGGUCACAAUCAUUAACCUUCACCCUGCGUUGCCGGGGGCGUUCAAUGGGGCUCAUGCGAUUGAGCGUGCUCAUGCCGCCUGGUUAGAAGGCAAGAUUGACAAGACAGGGGUGAUGAUCCACAAAGUGAUCUCGGAGGUCGAUAUGGGCACCCCUAUUCUUGUGCGAGAGAUUCCAUUCGUUAAGGGAGAGGACGAAAACCUAGAACGCUUUGAGGAGAAGGUUCACGCAAUUGAAUGGGGGGUUGUAAUUGAAGGGAUACAGCUUACGAUCGAUGAGAUAAGAAAGGAAAGGAAACGAGGCUCGACGAAUGCGUGAUGGGGUUUACCAAAGGAGACAAAAAUAGCGGUCUGGCCCAAGAUGCCUAGUCACGAACAUCAUUUCUUUGUCAAUUUUUUCUUCUUUCUAGCCCUUUUUAUUUCCCUCGGAACAAAGCAUGGAAUGACAGCAUGGAUUUGUGGCGGUACGGUUACUGUUUCAUUUGUGUUUUGUGUGUGUAUACGUGUGUACUAAUGAAGGGAUAUUUCAGGUGAACGCCGUAUGAUGUUUUAAGCUUUUAACCCCAAAGAAAAUCCGAAUGGACUUGACUCGUAGACUUUUCCGGUGGAGGUGACCAGUCGAACUCCGCAUGCAUGUUCGUAAACUCUCGCACUCCAAGUUACAGGUCGGAGUUGAAGAUCUGUCCGGCUGUGCGGCGGCUUAAACCCCGUGUAACUCGCCUUGUGCAUGAUGAUGACCUUUUUAAGACUUCAUCGUCGUGAAAUACUUGCAGAUCGCAUUAUACCCUAUCUGGGAAGAAUAUGUCCACUGGACCCUAUGCCCUAAUCAUCAUACAAUGGGGAAUUUCCUUACUCUCAGCGUGUUGAUAACUUUCUUUACACUGCU